AUGGCGAGCAGCUCCACCACGCCCGUGGAGGACACGAUCCGAAGAAAGGUGACAGAGGCUUUGAACCCCACAAACCUCACCAUUCGAAACGACUCACAUCUUCAUUCCCACCACAAGGCCAUGGUAGGCUCGACUUCAAAGGAAACGCACUUCUUUCUGGACAUCACGUCUCCGUCAUUCCAAGCGAAGCCGCAACCGGCGCGGCACAGGAUGAUUUAUUCGCUGCUGAAAGAGGAGCUCGAUCGCCCCGGCGGGAUCCACGCUCUCCAGCUUCGGACCAAGACACCGGAGGAGGUGGAGAGGGAGCUGGCGAGGAAAAAGGACGCACAGGGGGCGGCGUGA